AUGGGCAGAAAGACGUCGUUUCACGUCCCCGUCGGGACCCCGUUGCAAGUCACGGACCAGACGCCUACGCUCUUUCGACCCUUGAAGAUUCGAUCGGUCACGCUGCGCAAUCGCAUCUGUGUCUCGCCCAUGUGUCAAUACUCGUUGGCCAGCUCCGGGGCGAGCGUCGGUGCGCUGACCCCCUUGUAUUACACCACAAUCGGGCAUUAUGUCUUCAAGGGGGCGGCGUUGGCGAUGGUCGAAGCUACCGGAGUGAACUAUGCCGGCCGUAUCAGUCCGAAAUGCCCAGGGCUCUGGAACGACACGCAGGAGGAAUCGCUCCGAUCCCUGGCGUCUUUCAUUCACUCGGUGGGCGGCGUCUGCGGAGUGCAGCUGUCCCACGGUGGCAGGAAGUCAAGCACACAGCCGCCCUUGGUUGCGGCAGAGCUAGGAUUGUACAGCGCUCGUGCAGACGCAAAGGAUGAUGGAUGGCCGGAGGAUGUGGUCGGCCCUUCGGGAGGGAUCGACCAGGUGUGGGAUGGCAAAAGGCCAGACGACCCGACGGGGGGCUAUCACUCCCCGAGAGAAAUGACGGUUGAAGAGAUCCAGAGCGUUGUGGACGACUUUGCAAAAUCAGCGCAACGGGCCGUCAGGGCAGGCGUCGACGUUGUCGAAAUCCAUGGUGCUCACGGAUACCUCCUCCACCAGUUCCUCAGCCCACUUACGAAUCGACGAACAGACGCGUACGGCGGCAGUUUCGGGAACCGGACACGUCUCUUGAUCGAGAUCAUCAAGAGCGUGAGGUCGGUCGUUCCCGACACGAUGCCGGUGUUCCUUCGCGUCAGCGCCACAGACUGGAUGGAGGAGACCGACCUGGGUCGGACCUUGGGCUCCUGGGACGAGCAGAGCACGAUACGUCUGGCGAUGAUGCUCCCCGAUUUGGGUGUCGACCUCAUGGAUGUUAGUUCGGGGGGCAAUCACCACGCCGCACGCUACAAUGUCUUCGACGCAGGAGUGCGCCAAGCCGAAAUCGCUUCCAGAGUUCGAGCAGCCCUGAGAACUGCGCAUAAGAGCCUCCUGAUUGGCACAGUUGGAUGUAUUACAGAAGCGACGACAGCUCGCGACAUAGUCCAAUUGGAUUCACUGGGAGCUGCGGCCGCCGAUGUGGUUUUUGUCGGUCGCCAGUUUCUUCGCGACCCAGAUUUCGUUUUCCACGCCGCGGAAGAGUUGGGGGUCGAUGUCCAAUGGCCGCCACAGACGAGACGUGCAAAACCUGCGAGACCUUCACUAUAA